AUGCGGACAGCUGCUGCGCGACCGACGCUAUGUCUCGGGAACCAGUUCAUUUGCUCGACAUGUCGACGCACCGGAUAUGAAUCCCUCCGACAGCCUUCAUUCCGCCCACUGCAUGCCUCUCCGAUUCUCCAGCGGCCGCGCCGGCGGGAAUUUUUCUCCUCGAACCCAGCGCUGUUAAGCCAGACAGCCACCAGGAGAGACGAGCAAAAGGAGGAUGCGAACUCAACACCUGCAACUGUGGCAGUGCAGUCGCCGAAACGGAAGACCGCACGAACACCAGGGACCAAGACGUCGCUCCGGCGCGUGGGUCUGGAGGCACAGCGGUCCAAAGCCGGGAACUUAGUCAAGUCUUCCAACCGGGGCGAGGGCGAGAAUGAGUCUGCAACGCCCAAGAUCGUGACGGCAUACGCUGUAGCCGAGCAGUUCGAUUUGAGCAAGGUCGUGGAAAUCCUGCGCAGCAAAGGCUACGAGCCGGAUCCGUUGCGCACCGGCCUGUUCCCGCAGGUCCUGCACGUCCAGAUCCCCAUCUCGUCCAUCUACCGCUCGACGAAUCCGGCCGCUCGCGAUCUGUCGUCCACCGAGGUCGGCGAUGUCUUUGUAUUCCCUUCCGGGACGGUGGUGACGUGGGCUCUGCCAGAGGGGUUUACAUCGUACUUUGCGACCCGCACUCUCCUUCCGGCCGCGAUCGAUCCUCACAAGGAGCCGAUCGAGACCGAAGACUUGGACUACAUAGAGGACCCGAGCCGCGAGCACAGUCUGAUCCGUGGCGACACGAUCAUUCUGGGCACGAAAAGACCGGACCAUCUCCAUUCAGGACAGGGACAAGACCACGCCGACGCGCAACCGGAGUCGCAGUACCAAUCCGUCGACACCGUCUUGACCAAGAUCGCCUUCUCCUCGGGCUUUGCGAGGAGCACCAAGCUGGCCGUCCUCGAGACCAAUCUGUCCACCUACCUCGCUUCGACCGCCGACAUUCCCAUGCUCCUGUCGAAAGGCUCGCGUCUGCCGUUCAAACUGUCCCGACGAUUCAUCCUUCGCAAGACCGGCCAACUUCUUCUUCUCCGAGCACAGCUGAACCUCUAUUCCGAACUCACGGACUCUCUACCGGAUCUGUUCUGGGAUUCCCGCCAUGAGCUCAACCUGGAGAACUAUUACGACCAGGUUGGCCGGGCGUUGGACGUCGGCAUCCGGAUCAAGGUCCUCAACGAGAAGAUGGACUACGCCUCCGAGAUCGUCUCGGUCUUGAGGGAGCGGCUUAGCGAAAAGCACGGUCUGUCCCUCGAGUGGAUGAUCAUCGUGCUCAUUGCUGUCGAGGUCGGCUUUGAAGUGCUGCGACUUAGGAAGGAGGGGUUCUUCGAGGAGGUCUGGAACAAGCGUAAACUGGGCGACGCUGGCGAAUCCAAGGAUAGAAUACUCGAUGCCAACCCAUAA